AUGUACAAAAAUAUUGUGUGUAAUUUUAUAUUAAUAUUUAUUAUAAUAAAAUGUGUCAAAUCACAAGACAAUAAUCCUGAUCAACCAGCUGAUGACGAAGAAGAUGAGGACAAUUUUGAAGUUUUAGAUCUAGAUAAAAUAAUUCAGCAACGACUUGAUCGAUUUGAGGAUCCUCAAUAUCAACCUGAACCAACAUAUUAUCAACCCCAACAAUAUCCAGUAUAUCAACCUCAACAGUAUGAUCAGUAUCUACCACAACAAUUUGGUCAUUAUCAACCUCAACAAUAUGAUCAUUAUCAACCAUAUCAAACACAGACAUCACAACCACAGAGUCAACAACAACAACAUGAUCAUUAUCAACCUUAUGAACCUACAGCAGCACAACCCACUCAACCUCAAACUCAACCCCAACAAUAUCCAGGAUAUCAACCUGAAUCAUAUACACCAUACCAGACGCCUCAACAACAGGUAACUCAACCAGAACAGUAUUAUCAGCAUUAUGGACCUCCUAGCUACGAUCCUUAUCAACAUAUACCAACUUAUCCACCUGGAUAUCAAACACAACCAAUGGAACAUUAUGAACCUCAACCACAACCUCAAUCAGAAACUUUAGAAGAUGAGGAAGAUUUCUAUGUUACAGAACAUGAUCAACCAUAUCCACAACAGGAACCUCAACAACCACAACAACCAAUUAAACCGCGAAAAAGAGCAAGAAAGAGAAAAGAUCCUCAAGCGCCAGAAGAACAAGGUGAUGAACAACCUAGAAAACGAAGAAGGCCAGUUAAAAAAACUAUUGAUAUCAAAUUUUAUAAGAAGGAUUCUGAUGGAAAACUGGUAGAAAUGAUAAAUGAAGAUUAUGAAGUUACAUAUGAUGAUCGAAAUAAAACAAAAUAUUUAUUUUAUGCAGAUCUUGAGCAGAUAGAAUGUGACAAUCAAAUUAUCUACCUCCAUGAAGAUGGAACUCCAUAUUGUUCAUCAUUAACUUAUAGUAAAAAAACUAAGAUUGUUGUCAUUACUAAUAUUCAAGGAUUUAUAUUAAUUAAGAGAAUUAAAGGAGAAUGGACAACAACUGAAGAAAAGAUUCCAGAGUAUGUAAAAUUCUAUACAGAAGAUUCCGAAGGCAAAGAAAUUUUACUAACUAAAGAACAUUACAAAGUUACUUUUACUUCACAUGCAUCCUUUAGAUACGAAUUACACCCAGGUGUAAAAUGUACAAAGAUAAAAGCUGAUAAUAUGACUGCAUGGGAAAAAACUGAUAAUGAUGCAGAAUUUCCUAUAGUGAUUUAUGUUACUAAUAAAUUAAGUCUUAUAAUCAAUUUUGACAGCUACACUAAAAUGUUCGAAAGAAGACCUCAUAGAUAUAGAAUUCUAUAUAAUAAAAAAACUUUAGGAAGACGCAAAUACAAAUAA